AUGGACAAACGAAGUUCCAAGGCGCCCUUCACGCUCUCGACUGGCACUCGCUUCACUAUGAAGCUGCCCAGAUAUGGGCAGUACAUUUGCAUGAACGACAUCUACAUCCUAUAUAGCAAGAAGGAAUUUAAAGAGAGCAUAUCCCAUAGUAACUCGAUUUCAAGCCUUACCAACCGCCGACCCAUCCCACAGACUGGUAUGUACAUCCGCGAAGCGACGAAGCGGCCAAACCCACUCCAAACCAACACCACCAAGCCCGACGCCAUAACAUGUAGACCGCCUGUCAAAGUCGUCAUCCAGUAUAUGUGA